AUGAGGAAUGGCUUUUCGUCUCUUGGGUUUUCGGAUACAAAGACACUUUCCAUGCGGCGCCUCGGCGUAUUGCUCUCACCCGUCGAUUCAGACAAAGACAUAUACGCAAUUGAUGGACAUCCUCUUGCUGAGAACUCAGCUUUCGAAGAUGCUGAAAAAGACGUGUACCGCAUUAUCCUAGAUAACGUCAGUCGUGUUCGUUUUGGGAUCAUCAACGAAAUGCUCGAUGUCUGUUACAAAUACGUUGAGAUUCUCUCUACACGAGGCGGGACCCGCUGCAAGCUCACUUCUAGGUCCACAGUCUGUGAAUCCUUAGCUCUCGGAUGCUCAAUCAAGGGCUUAACGGCAUUGGAUCUAUGGCCUCAGCGUCCAAAUCUCAAAAAUUUGAUGACUAGCGUCCGCCAUCUGACUCUAAAGCUCUGUAAGGUGCUGCUUAUUGGCAAUGGCAGCCACACAGAAAAGUGCGACCAUAACACCGACUUCCACGAAGCACUGGCGCUAUGUUUGAGCUCUGACAAUGCCAUCCGUGAGGAGAAAGGCUUAUUGGUUCCAAUAACUGGCUAUAACACCCUUGAAGAUAAGCACAAGGAGCACUUCGGAAAUUUCAAGCUGAGAGUCUCCGAGGCUGAUCCUCUAAUCUGGAAGAGCAGAGUCCUCACGAAAAUGGGCUUUGUGGAGAAGGACGAUGUUGGACUGGUUUGCAAGGUGCAAGAUGACGGUACGACUGCCAUCAUCUUUCCUAAGGAGAACUCUGUCUAUGAUAGCGACGAUAACGAGAGCAAUUGGAGUGAUGACAAUUCAGUUAUCGACUUGAAGCUGAUACCGCAGCCGGACGAGGAAUGCCUAGCACCAGGCUACCAGAGCGGUUGGGAAUCCGAUGCGCCUAUGAACGACGAAGGGGACUAUGCUAUUCUUCUGAAUGACUGA